AUGCGUUUCUCCAUCGCUACUUCUCUUGCUGUCCUGGCAACAAUUUCCAAUGUCUCGGCAUGGCAUUUGACCGCCUACAGUAAUGUUGAAAACUGUGACCCCAACGACGAGACAGAGUACCAAAUCCUCGAGGGCAACCAGGGUAACUGCUACACUUUCGGGUGGAGCAUGCCCGGCGUGAGCUGUGGUCACUUCGUCAAUGGCGGCACCAGCAACAAGGGCUGCAAGGGCCUUUUCACAGCCAUCGCCAUGUACGCCCAUGAGAACACCAACUGUUUAUUCUACGCUCAGGACGAUUGUCGCGGAAACCCUACUGUCCGGGAGUCCAACACUUGCAUCAACAACCGAGAGUUGCUUGAGGUGUCAGGUACUGAACGAUUCAGGUCUUUCAAAUGUGCCAACACAGAAUAA